AUGCAUCACAUAAUACAAACUGUAUAUAGCUGGUUUUGGUGGGAGAACAUCUGGAUGCCUGCUAACUGCACAUGGGCAGAUUUAGAAGAUCAUAAUGGAUACGUCUUUCCCAAACCACGAAUGCUAUUUGCCACAAUUCCAUAUGUCUUUGUGAUGUUGGUUAUCAGGUUCUUUGUUGAAAGAUAUAUUGCCCUUCCUCUGGCUGACUACUUGGGCAUAAAGAAUGUGAGGCGGAUCAAACCACAGGAUAAUCCCACCCUGGAACAUUUUUUCCGAAAGUGCACAAAAAAGCCCUCCCAGUCAGAAACACGUAGACUAGCUAAAAAGUGUAACUGGACUGUGCACCAGGUGGAAAAAUGGUUCAGGCGAAGACGCAACCUAGAAAUCCCAACUCUGCAUAAAAAAUUCAAGGAAGCAUGUUGGAGAUGUUUAUUCUACAGUACCUCAUUUAUUGCUGGAACUAUAUCUCUCUGUGAUAAAUCCUGGUUUUAUGACCUUUGGCAAGUGUGGCUCAACUAUCCAAACCACCCCAUGCUCCCCUCCCAGUAUUGGUACUACAUGCUCCAGAUGAGCUUUUAUUGGUCAUUGCUCGUUACUCUGGGAACUGACACUAAAAGGAAGGAUUUCAUGGCCCAUGUGGUGCAUCAUUUUGCCGCCCUUGGCUUGAUGUUCUGUUCCUUUAGUGCCAAUUAUCUCCGUCUUGGAACACUGGCGAUGAUUGUCCAUGAUUCUGCAGAUAUCUGGCUGGAGGCCGCGAAGUUGUUCAACUACGCUCGCUGGGAUAAUACCUGCAGUGCUCUGUUUGUCAUUUUCGCCAUUGUGUUCUUUAUCACACGGCUCAUUCUCUUUCCAUGUUGGAUUUUACGGGCCUCGAUAUAUUAUCCUACGUUUUAUACCCAGACAGUUGUCCUAGCAUAUUUUGUAUACAAUGUGCAGCUAUUGACCCUGCAAGCUCUUCACCUCUAUUGGGCCUACUUAGUUUUCAAGAUUCUGAAGAAAUUGGUUUUUGUGAAGGUGCUCAAGAUUCCCAUACCAGCUUGGGCUAAAAUAGGCAAUGAUAAGAAUGUUAAAGAUGAACGGAGUGAUGAAGAAGAAGAAGACUCUAUCAGCGAUACGGAAGGGGAAUGUAUGAAGAAGGAAAUGAAGAAUGGAUUACAUGAUCCUCUCCUAAAUAAUAAUAAUAUUAAUUAAUGCCCAGCCAAUACCAUCUUGUGUCAUUAACUGCUGUGUCGUAAACCCAACCCACCAAACAGACUUUUUACAUCCACAUCUAAACCAAAGUCCAUGAUUGGUUUGAUUGCA